AAACAACCAGAUCUGUUGAUGUCCCACCCACUCGUUACGGAUCUGAUAAUAAGGUUCUUUCACCUAAAGAUGCAUAUCUCAAUUCAGAAUUAAUUGUUGUUGGAGCCGCAUACACAGCUGACCGCAAACUCAAGCAGAGUUAUACUGAAAUCAAGAAACUGGAUAAAGCUAAGGCACGAGAAGAAAUUUUAAUAUAUGCAGAAGAAGAAGUCGAAAGAUUAUUUGCCACAAAUGUCACACAUAGUAAUAAGGAAGACGUGUUGCAACGUGCAAAACGAGCUGCUCGCUUCUUGAUCGAUGAAUAUUUCGACAUGGAAGAUAAGAUUGACGAAUAUUGUAUAAGUCCUACUCGUUACGGAUCUGAUAGUGAAAAAUCAUUAUCCAAUAAUUUGGAAAACUCUGAUAAUGAUAAAACUAUUAACAUUGAUUUGUUGAAAUUGAAACGAUUAAAAGACGAUUCAAAGUCAUGA